CCAGCAGCAUCAAACACAGCUGGACUCCAUAUUUAUGCUGCUGGAGGACAACAUCAUCACUUUUGUGAAGAACGAACUGAAGAAGAUCCAGAAGGUUCUGAGUCCAGAUUACCCAGAAUGCUUAGAGAGUCAUGGGGAGGGUGACACGGCCUUGGAGGGUGAGGAUGAAGAGCAGAAGAGAAGCAGAGAGGCUUUUGUGAAGAUCACACUGCACUUCCUGAGGAGAAUGAAGCAGGAGGAGCUGGCUGACCGUCUGCAGAGCAAAUACUUUGCUCCAGUCUGUCGACAAGAACUUAAGUCCACCCUGAAGAAGAAGUUCCAGUGUGUGUUUGAGGGGAUCUCUAAAGCAGGAAACCCAACCCUUCUGAAUCAGAUCUACACAGAGCUCUACAUCACAGAGGGAGGGGCUGCAGAGGUCAAUGAUGAACAUGAGGUCAGACAGAUUGAAACAGCAUCCAGGAAACCAGACAGACCAGAAACACCAAUCAGACAAGAAGACAUCUUUAAAGGCUCACCUGGAAGAGAUGAACCAAUCAGAACAGUGCUGACAAAGGGAGUGGCUAACAUUGGGAAAACAGUCUUAACACAGAAGUUCACUCUGGACUGGGCUGAAGACAAAGCCAACCAGGACAUCCAGUUCAUGUUUCCAUUCACUUUCAGAGAGCUGAAUGUGCUGAAAGAGAAAAAGUUCAGCUUGGUGGAACUUGUUCAUCACUUCUUUACUGAAACCAAAGAAGCAGGAAUCUGCAGCUUUGAAGACUUCCAGGUUGUGUUCAUCUUUGAUGGUCUGGAUGAGUGUCGACUUCCUCUGGACUUCCACAACACUGAGAUCCUGACUGAUGUUACAGAGUCCACCUCAGUGGAUGUGCUGCUGACAAACCUCAUCAGGGGGAACCUGCUUCCCUCUGCUCACCUCUGGAUAACCACACGACCUGCAGCAGCCAAUCAGAUCCCUCCUGAGUUUGUUGGCAUGGUGACAGAGGUCAGAGGGUUCACUGACCUACAGAAGGACGAGUACUUCAGGAAGAGAUUCAGAGAUGAGGAGCAGGCCAGCAGGAUCAUCUCCCACAUCAAGACAUCACGAAGCCUCCACAUCAUGUGCCACAUCCCAGUCUUCUGCUGGAUCACUGCUACAGUUCUGGAGGAUGUGCUGAAAACCAGAGAGGGAGGAGAGCUGCCCAAGACCCUGACUGAUAUGUACAUCCACUUCCUGGUGGUUCAGGCCAAAGUGAAGAAGGUCAAGUACGAUGGAGGAUUUGAGACAGAUCCACACUGGAGUCCAGAGAGCAGGAAGAUGAUUGAGUCUCUGGGAAAACUGGCUUUUGAUCAGCUGCAGAAAGGAAACCUGAUCUUCUAUGAAUCAGACCUGACAGAGUGUGGCAUCGAUAUCAGAGCAGCCUCAGUGUACUCAGGAGUGUUCACACAGAUCUUUAAAGAGGAGAGAGGGCUGUACCAGGACAAGGUGUUCUGCUUCAUCCAUCUGAGUGUUCAGGAGUUUCUGGCUGCUCUUCAUGUCCAUCUGACCUUCAUCAACUCUGGAGUCAAUCUGCUGGAAGAACAACAAACAGCCUCCCAGGACUCUGAAAAGAAAACAUCUGCACAGACACACCUCUACCAGACUGCUGUGAACAAGGCCUUACAGAGUCCAAAUGGACACCUGGACUUGUUCCUCCGUUUCCUCCUGGGUCUUUCACUGCACACCAAUCAGACUCUCCUACGAGAUCUUCUGACACAGACAAGAAGUAGCUCACAGACCAAUCAGGAAACAGUCCAGUACAUCAAGAAGAAGCUCAAUGAGAAUCUGUCUGCAGAGAAAAGCAUCAACCUGUUCCACUGUCUGAAUGAACUGAAUGAUCGUUCUCUAGUGGAGGAGAUCCAACAGUCCCUGAGAUCAGGACGUCUCUCCACAGAUAAACUGUCUCCUGCUCAGUGGUCAGCUCUGGUCUUCAUCUUACUGUCAUCAGAAGAAGAUCUGGAUGUGUUUGACCUGAAGAAAUACUCUGCUUCAGAGGAGGCUCUGCUGAGGCUGCUGCCAGUGGUCAAAGCCUCCAACAAAGCUCUACUGAGUCUCUGUGACCUCUCAGAGAGAAGCUGUGAAACUCUGUCCUCAGUUCUCAGCUCCCAGUCCUCUAGUCUGAGAGAGCUGGACCUGAGUAGCAAUGACCUGAAGGACUCAGGAGUGAAAGCUUUAUCUUCUGGACUGGAGGAUCCACAUUGUAAACUGGAAACACUCAGGCUGUCAGGCUGCCUGAUCACAGAAGAAGGUUGUAAGUCUCUGGUCUCAGCUUUGAGCUCCAACCCCUCCCAUCUGAGAGAGCUGGACCUGAGCUACAACCAUCCAGGAGAGGCAGGAGUGAAGCUGCUGGAGCAGCUGAGACUGGAAACUCUCAGACUGAGUCUCUGUGACCUCUCAGAGAGAAGCUGUGAAACUCUGUCCUCAGUUCUCAGCUCCCAGUCCUCUAGUCUGAGAGAGCUGGACCUGAGUAACAAUGACCUGAAGGACUCAGGAGUGAAAGCUUUAUCUUCUGGACUGGAGAAUCCACAUUGUAAACUGGAAACACUCAGUCUGUCAGGCUGCCUGAUCACAGAAGAAGGUUGUAAGUCUCUGGUCUCAGCUUUGAGCUCCAACCCCUCCCAUCUGAGAGAGCUGGACCUGAGCUACAACCAUCCAGGAGAGGCAGGAGUGAAGCUGCUGGAGCAGCUGAGACUGGAAACUCUCAGGUAUGGAGAGGCCUGUUGCAGCCACAGACAGUGUCUGAUAGAGGAGGAAGCUGUACUUCACUCUGGCCCUGUCUGAUGACUUCAUGCUGGAUACGAGUGUUAUCUGAACAGUCACACAUAGAGGAACCUUUUUACUUUGCUUCUAUCAGAAAGUCUGCUUGAACAGAAACAGUAGAUAUCUGUAUGGGGGUCUUGAUCAAGAUGGCGCUGGUAAGGUCAGCAGCCGUCGUACCUGCUCCUACGCUUUGUUUGUAUAUAUUAGGUUUAGCUCUAAUUUUGGACUUUAUAAU